AUGGAUUCUGAAGCCAAUGACUUCCAGCUUCAGUUUGAAACGCUACAAAAGCAGGACAUGCACUCAUCAAAUGUCAGAAAAGCAGAAUGGGAAAACAUGGCGCGGUUGUGUGUGAAGACCUGCAGGAUGGACGCGGCACGUGUGUGCUUUGGGAAAAUGAAAAAUGCCAGAGCAGCAAAAGCACUGAGGGAGGCCGAGGCCGAGCCGGAACCAGAGGCCCAGGUGGCAAUGUUGGCCGUUCACCUCGGCAUGCGUGAGGACGCCGAAAAUCUGUACAGGAGCUGCCAACGCUACGACCUCUUAAUCUAUUUCUACCAGGCUUUGGGAGAAUGGCAGAAAGCUUUAGAGACGGCAGAAACCCACGACCACAUCCACCUCAGCACCACACACUACAAUUACGCCAAACACCUGGAGUCCAUGGGUAACAAGACCCUGGCCAUUGAACAUUAUGAGAAAUCAGACACACACAGGACUGAAGUUCCCAGAAUGCUCCAGCAUGACGCGUCAUCUCUUGAGAGCUACGUCAACAAAAAGAAGGACAAGGACAUCUACAAGUGGUGGGCUCAGUACCUGGAGAGCCAGUCAGACAUGGACUCAGCACUGCAUUAUUAUGAAUGUGCCCAGGAUUAUGUCUCCCUGGUUCGACUCUACUGCUGCAUGGGGAACACACAGAAGGCGUUUGAGAUUGCUCACACCACAGGUGACCGAGCAGCGUCGUUCUACGUGGCCAGGAACUUUGAGCGGCAGAAGGACGUCAAACAGGCCGUCCACUUCUACAUCAGAGCGCAGGCCUACAACAACGCCAUUCGACUUUGUAAGGACAACGGUCUGGACGACCAGCUGAUGAGCACGGCUCUGCUCAGUAACCCGCAGGACAUGAUGGAAGCCGCCAAUUACUACAAAAAGAAAGACAUCCACAUGGACCGAGCUGUCGAGCUUUACCUCAAGGCUGGUUGUGCCUCCAAAGCUUUUGAGUUGGCCUUCGCCACCCAGCAGUUCUCCACGCUCCAGUCGAUCGCCGAGAAUCUGGAUGAGAACGCGUCCCCAGCUCUCCUGGCACGCUGCGCCGACUUCCUCAUCACACAGUCCCAGCACGAGAAGGCCGUGGAGCUGCUGAUAGCCGCUAAGAAGUACCAUCAAGCCUUGAAGGUGUGUGUCAAACAAAACGUGACCAUCACAGAGGAGCUGGCGGAGAGAAUGAGUGCAACCGCUUCAAAAGACUUGUCAGAAGAAGCCCACAAAGAAGUGCUGGAGAGGAUUGCUGACUGCUGCAGACAGCAGGGCAAUUACGGCCUGGCUGUAAAGAAAUACACACAAGCGGGCAACAAGUCUAAGGCCAUGAGGUCACUCCUGAAGACGGGCGACACGCAGAAAAUCGUAUUCUACGCCAACUUCUGUCGCAAGAAAGAGCUUUUCAUCAUGGCCGCAAACUACCUGCAGUCUCUGGACUGGCAAAAAAAUCGAGAGAUCUUCAAGACCAUCGUUGAUUUCUACACGAAAGGGCGGGCGCUGGACCUGCUGGCUGGCUUCUAUGAAGUCUGGGCGCAGGUGGAGAUUAACGACAACCAAAACUAUGAGGAGGCGCUAAACGUUCUGAACGAAGCUGCCAAGUGUCUUUCAAAAGCAAAGGACUCUUCAACUGGACAGCAGGAAGCGAGACUGGCUGACCUGAAGCAAAAGAUUGCCCUGAUCAAGACCUUUGUUCGUGCACGCAGGUUGUAUGCAGAGAACGCCGGCUUUGCCGUGCAGAUAUGUGAAGCCCUGCUGGACGAGCCACAGUUAGACAAAGCGGUCAGAAUUGGAGACGUCUUUGGUUUCCUGGUGGAUCACCACUGUCAAGAAGGCAACGUCCAGUUGGCCUUUGGUAAGCUGCAGGAGCUCCACAAGCUGCUGCCAGCUCACAACGUGAGGCAAUACAUCAGCCAGGCGAGUCUGAAGGCCUUGCAGAAAGGGAUGGCAGAGAUCGGCGUGACGCCCGGCACACUGUGA